AUGAAGGUGGCGCGCACGAAGCAGGCGCUGCGGCACCUCAAGACGAAGCGGAAGCGGGCGAAGGAUAAGCGGCGACGACGGGCGACGCGCGGCGUGGGAGAUGAGACGAUGGUGACCACCGCGGACGGCGGCGGUGAGCGUGAACGCGGCGACGGCGCGGACGCGCUCGAGCGCUCGGCGCGGGAGCGGCGGAGCGCGGUGACGGCGCGGAAGCGAGAGCUGCGAGAGCGCAUCGAUGAGUUGAAGUCGAAGCGAGGGAAGAUUGGGAAGAAGAAUUUUGGAAAGAGCGAGGAACGCAAGGCGCUCACGCGGCGGAUUCAGGCGUUGGAGAAGGAGCGCGCGGCGCUGAACCCGAACGGUGGUUCGGAGAACGGGAUGGGUGAGGAUGACGGUGGGGGGGGGGAUCUCAUCGAGGCGGAUCUGGACGUGGAGAUGGCUGCGUGA